CGCCAUCGUCCUCCUCGUCCCACCAAGAACCACCACCAAAAAAAGGUGAGCACGCUCAGCGUGCCCCUGCGAAGCCGUGGCCGCGGCGUCCGGAACGGUCGAAUCGUCGGAGCGCCUUCGUGGCCGAGGGCGCAGCCCUCGACUUGCGUCCCUGUGUGAGGCGGGCCGUGAGCGCGAGCGCAAGCGUCUGCGCUGGCGGAGGGACGCAGGCCCGACCGUGUCAUGAGCCGUUGGGCAACCUCGGCGGACACAGUUCACUCUGCGCGAUCACGCGGGCUCGUAGAGUCGCGGGCUGCUUGCGAGAGCAAGCAGGUCCGCCAGAGGGACGGCGCGGCCAAGAGAAGCGGUGGAACAGAGUCGUCUCAGACGGCGAGGGCGGCUUGCCGUUCGCAAUCCCCGCAUGCUGACGACAGCCGAAAUGGGUAUCGACAUCCGCCGCCACCACGUCAAGAAGGGCGCCCGCCAGGCCCCCAAGUCCGAGGACCCGUACCUCCUCCUUCUUGUCAAGCUUUACCGCUUCCUUGCGCGCCGCACCGAGUCGCGCUUCAACAAGGUCGUGCUUAAGCGUCUCUUUAUGAGCAAGAUCAACCGUCCCCCCAUCUCGCUCUCGCGCAUUGUCAAGGAGACCCGCGGCUCGAACCCCGACAACUCGAAGACUGUCGUCAUCGUCGGCCGUGUCCUCGACGACGAGCGCAUGCCCACCGUGCCCAAGCUCUCGGUCGCCGCCCUCGGCUUCUCGGCCUCGGCCAAGGCCCGCAUCGUCGCCGCCGGCGGUGAGGCCCUUACCCUUGACCAGCUCGCGCUCCGUGCCCCCACCGGCUCGAACACCGUCCUCCUCCGCGGCUCGCGCUUCCGCGCCGCCGUCGCCCACUUCGGUGGCCCCCUCAAGGGCGGCCGUCCCUACAUCCAGUCCAAGGGCCGCAAGUUCGAGAAGGCCCGUGGUCGCCGUGCCUCGCGUGGCUUCAAGAUCAAGUCGAGCCACAAGUAAUUGGCUUGAGCUUGGUGGUUCUGUACGGGAUGUACGAUUCUCUGCACAUGGAGAGUGUAAUAUUAGUGGCAAGUGCGCAAUGGGGACGGGCGCGAGGACAGGAGACGGAGAGAUGGCGGAGGAUUGCGGGAGGCGACUCUGGAUCCGACUGGCCCGCGGAAUGUCUGCUGUCAGAUCGAGGACGGGCGGGAACCGAGGAGCUGGCGCAUUGCUUUCCGCAUGUUCCACGCCCGGUCCCAUUUCUCGGCUCCCCAUCUGAUGUACAAAUAGCCUGCUGCAGUCUCGCUCUUCCCCACCCACGAUGAUUCUCACCAUCCUCGCCGCUACGCCAGCGCAUACCCGUGCGCCCGUGAGCGUCGCGCCGCUCGAGUUCGCCAUCGUCGCGGCCGCCGUGCUGGGGUG